UUUGUGCCGUUCCGUAUCGGCCAUCUCUGAACGAAUCGUUCUUUCUGUACUUGGCAGCCGUACAAGCCGAUCGAACCUUACGGGGCCGUACCGCCUGAGUAAUUGCAGCAACGGAAACAGCAGCAGCAUCGCUAUCAACUCGAACAGCCGCCACUUCAAAGUUUUUGUUACGGAAAACGCCGCAGCAGCAAGAUCAAAUAUCUGACGGCACCAGUAGAACACAACCACAACACCUCAACCAAAAAAUCGUCAUGCCCGAAGAGAAGAAAUACGCACACACCAACGGGUUUGCCAACGGACACGGUAACGGCGGACUUCCGCCAGAGAGCCCGGACGGUGAGAUGUUCCUUUUCACUUCUGAAUCUGUCGGAGAAGGACAUCCUGACAAAAUGUGCGACCAGAUCAGUGAUGCUAUUUUAGACGCACAUCUGGAACAAGAUCCUGACGCAAAAGUGGCUUGUGAAACUGUUACCAAAACUGGAAUGGUUUUACUUUGUGGAGAAAUAACAUCCAAAGCCAAUGUUGAUUACCAAAGAGUAGUUCGAGACACUAUUAAACAUAUUGGCUACGAUGAUUCAUCAAAAGGGUUUGACUACAAGACAUGCAAUGUUCUCGUCACAGUUGAUGAACAGUCAUCUAAUAUUGCGGAUGGUGUACACGUUAACAAAAUCGAAGAUGCGAUUGGGGCAGGUUUUGAUUACAAGACAUGUUCGGUGAUGCUUGCUAUUGAUCAACAAUCUCCAAAUAUUGCUGCUGGUGUACAUAUCAACAGGACUGCUGAGGAGGUUGGUGCUGGUGAUCAGGGCCUCAUGUUUGGCUAUGCUACAGAUGAAACAGAAGAAUGUAUGCCUUUAACUGUGGUACUUGCUCACAAGCUUAACGAAAAAGUAGCAGAACUCCGAAGAAAUGGAGUGCUUUGGUGGGCACGUCCUGACACUAAAACACAAGUAACAUGUGAAUACUGUUUGGUCGGUGGUGCUUGUAUUCCACAAAGAGUUCACACAGUUGUGAUAUCUGUGCAACAUUCUGAAAAGAUUUCAUUAGAAGACUUACGGCAAGAAGUUAUGUCUAAAGUUGUUAAGACCGUGAUUCCUUCUCAGUAUCUUGAUGAUAGAACUGUUUUCCACAUUAAUCCAUGUGGUCAAUUUGUGAUGGGUGGUCCUCAAUGCGAUGCUGGCUUGACGGGACGAAAAAUUAUUGUUGAUACUUAUGGUGGUUGGGGAGCUCACGGAGGUGGUGCAUUCUCUGGCAAGGACUUCACUAAAGUUGAUAGAUCUGCUGCGUAUGCUGCUCGUUGGGUUGCCAAGUCUUUGGUCAAAUCUGGCCUUUGCAAACGUUGUCUUGUACAAGUAUCGUAUGCGAUUGGAGUAGCAGAGCCAAUAUCAAUUACACUUUUCCAUUAUGGCACAUCUACUAAAACUCAAAAAGAAUUGUUGAAAAUUGUUAACAGUAAUUUCGAUUUAAGACCAGGAAGAAUAGUCAGAGAUUUAAAUCUACGAAACCCAAUCUACCAAAAAACAAGCACAUACGGACAUUUUGGUCGUGACAUAUUUCCUUGGGAAAAACCUAAGAUUUUGGUUGAGUGAUAAAUGGCAGACUUCUUACACACUGUGUAUGAUUCAAAACAAAUGCGUAGAAUUUUUUUAUUAUGAUUUUUUUUUUUAACAUUAACAAAUCAAAUGUUGCCACCUGUUUGUAGUG